ACAGGCGGAGAAAAGUGGGGGAUGAUCGACGACGGGCGACAAGGGGUGGGGGAGGUCGUGGCUGGGCGGUGGAGUGGCUAAAGAAGUGGGAAGAUGAGUUGUUGGGUGGGUGGUGGUGAUUUUUGUAAACCAAACAACAUACCAUAUGGAAAGAGUUUCAUUCCAUUCUCUUUCAUUCCCUUUGUUCAUUCCAUUCCGAUUACCUCGUGUGAACCAAACGACCCCUAAAUCAAUUAAUGUACUUGUGUUCACAUUCUAACCAUAAUACGAACCUAGUACUCCCAUAAAAUAAACCAAUGGGCUACUAAAAACAGUGGGCGGUUCAAUUCACUGAGUCAACUUACCUAACCACCUCACACACUUCGAACCGCCUUUUUAAUAGUAAAAACUUCCUCCACAAUAUCACGUGAUAAUCACGCAAAAAUCUAGCCCCUUAAAUACUCAACUAAUACUUAGCGCGUAAGAUUCACUUUCUUCAAAGUCGCGUCAUUUUCUAUCAUCACGGAAAAAAGGGGAAAAAAAUCAAUUUGGGGGAAAAUUAGAAUAUCAAAAACCCUAGUGUCAACUUUUCGUAAUAUUUUCCAAUUUCAAGACCCUAAAAUUUUUCACAAAACAAAAACCUCUCUUUUUUGGGUUUUCUCUCUCCUCUCUAACCAACUUAACCAAAUCUCCCACGAAAAACACUCUCUCACUUUCAAUAUCUCUAAAGCUUCGGAUCAUAUUUUAUUUUUUUUUAUAAUUUUAACAAAAUUUUAUUGAAUUUAUUUGUAAUUUAUUUGCAAGAAAAAGAAGGUACGCUUCAAACCCUAGAAAUUUAAUUCAAUUUAUUUCAUUGAAUUUGGUUUUAUUUGUUAUUGUAAGAUUAUAGGUUGGAUUGGUGAAUUUUUUAUAUAUUAUUAUGAUGGAAUGUGAAUUAGGGUUUGAUUUGAAUUGAAUUGGGAAAUUUAUGAUUUUGUGAUAUUUUAUUGUUGAUGCAUUGGAUGAAGAAAUAAUGGGGAAAGGUAGACCUAGGGCAGUUGAAAGAGGAGGAGGAUUGUUAGGGCAAAUUUCUGCGGCAAAUGGGUCAAUGAAUAUAACCCCUGCACCUGUAUAUUACCCAACUGAGGAAGAUUUUAGGGACCCUUUGGAAUUUAUAUAUAAGAUUAGGCCUGAGGCUGAGCCUUUUGGGAUUUGUAAGAUUGUUCCACCUGAGGGGUGGAAACCCCCUUUUGCUUUAGAUGUGGAAUCGUUUUCGUUCCCGACCAAGACUCAGGCUAUUCAUCAAUUGCAGGCGAGGCCUGCUUCGUGCGAUUCCAAGACUUUUGAGUUGGAAUAUAAUAGGUUUCUUGAGACCCAUUGUGGGGGUCGUAAGCCUAGGAGGAAGGUUGUUUUUGAAGGGGAGGAGUUAGAUUUGUGUAAGGUUUUUAAUGCUGUGAAGCGGUUUGGUGGGUAUGAUAAGGUUGCCAAGGAGAAGAAGUGGGGAGAGGUAUUUAGGUUUGUGAGGCCUAAGAGCAAGAUCUCUGAGUGUGCCAAGCAUGUUUUAGGUCAGUUGUACCUAGAACAUUUGUAUGAUUAUGAGGAGUAUUACAGUGACUUGAAUAAGGGGAAAUUAAAAGGUUGUAAGCGAGGGAUAGAUAAUAAUGAUAGGAAAAGGGAUCAGAAGUCAGAUCUGGAUAGCUUAAAGAAGAAACGGAAAAAUGAUGCUGGGGAUGCUGUUAAAGUCUCCAAACCACAGAAGGAAGAGGAGCGUGACCAGAUAUGUGAACAAUGUAAAAGUGGGUUGCAUGGAGAGGUUAUGCUUCUAUGUGAUAGAUGUAAUAAGGGAUGGCAUAUUUAUUGCCUAUCACCUCCUUUGGAAGCAAUUCCACCAGGCAAUUGGUAUUGUCUUGAAUGCCUGAAUUCUGAUGAAGAUAGUUUUGGUUUCGUUCCUGGAAAAUGUUUAUCUUUGGAAGCUUUUAGAAAGGUAGCUGAUCGUACCAAGAAAAAAUGGUUUGGAUCUGCAUCAUGUUCACGCAUGCAGUUAGAAAAAAAGUUUUGGGAAAUUGUAGGGGGGUCAUUAGGUGAGGUUGAAGUCAUGUACGGUAGCGAUUUGGAUACAUCGAUAUACGGAAGUGGAUUUCCUCGCUCAAAUGACAAAAAACCAGAGUCAGUUGAUGCUGAAGUGUGGAAUAAAUACUGUAAUAGUCCUUGGAAUCUGAACAACUUGCCAAAGUUGAAGGGAUCAAUGCUUCGGGCAGUUCAUCACAGUAUUGCUGGUGUUAUGGUACCCUGGCUAUAUAUUGGCAUGCUCUUUUCUGCAUUCUGUUGGCACUUUGAAGACCACUGUUUCUAUUCAAUGAAUUAUCAUCACUGGGGAGAGCCUAAAUGCUGGUACAGCGUUCCUGGUAGUGAAGCCUCUGCAUUUGAGAAGGUUAUGCGCAGCUGCCUUCCUGAUCUCUUUGAUGCCCAACCAGAUUUGCUUUUCCAGCUUGUUACGAUGUUGAACCCCUCCGUUUUAGAAGAAAAUGGUGUUCCUGUUUAUACUGUUCUGCAGGAGCCAGGCAACUUUGUGAUUACAUUUCCUAGAUCUUAUCAUGGAGGUUUCAAUCUUGGCUUGAACUGUGCUGAGGCUGUUAAUUUUGCUCCUGCUGAUUGGUUACCUCAUGGAGGGUUUGGAUCAGAACUCUAUCAACUGUAUCAUAAGCCUGCUGUACUUUCUCAUGAGGAGCUGCUUUGCGUGGCUGUUAAGCUUGGUUGUGAUGCCAAAGUAGCACCUUACAUGAAUAAGGAGUUACUGAGGGUCUUUACAAAAGAGAAGAAUGGGAGGGAGCAGCUUUGGAAAAAGGGCCUUGUCAAAACAUCUGUUAUGUCACCCAGAAAACAUCCUGAGUAUGUUGGCACUGAGGAGGAUCCCACUUGCAUAAUCUGCCAGCAGUAUUUGUAUCUUUCAGCUGUUGUCUGUCGCUGUAGACCAUCCACUUUUGUGUGUUUAGAGCACUGGGAACGCCUUUGUGAAUGUAAUCCAAGGAGAUGCCGCCUCCGAUAUCGCCACUCUCUUGCAGAAUUAAACGAGUUGUUAGUCAUAACAAAGAAUGUAAUUUCUGGCUCAGAAGACAAUGGACAAGGAAAGGAUUUUGCAGAACUGAAUACAUGCUCCACUGACUCUGGCACUUUGACGAAGAAGGUGAAGGGUAAACAAAUAUCUCUUGCUCAACUUGCUGAAGAUUGGUUGUUGAAUUCUUGUAAGAUAUCUAAGCUCCCCUUCUCCUCAAGUGCUUAUAGGAGUGCAUUGAAGGAAGCACAACAGUUUCUUUGGGCUGGUCCUGAAAUGGAUCCGGUACGAGAUGUGGAAAAGAAUUUGGUUCAAGCCAAGGACUGGGCAGAGGGCAUAAGAAAGUCUCUUUCUGCUGUUGAGAGCUGGUCUAAAAAUGGUGAUAGUGAUAUGGAUAAAGUUCAUCUUGAGUAUGUCAACAACUUGUUGGGACAUGAUCCUGUGCCUUGUAAUGAGCCUGGGCUUUUCAAACUGAAGGAGUAUGCUGAUGCAGCUAGGCUGUUGGUUCAAGAUAUUAACAAUGCUCUUUCAGAGCUAACAUUUUCUAUGGAUGAUCUGGAGAACCUGCUGAACCAAACUUUAAGCUUCCCAAUCUACAUUAAAGAAAGUGAAAAGUUGGCAAAGAAGAUUUCAUCUCUGAAGGUGUGGCUUGAUAAUGUAAAAAAAUGUGUUUUUGAGACCAGUCCUGCUGCAAUUGAUUUUGAUUUCCUUCGACAUUUGAAAACAGAGAUGUCAGAGCUGCGGUUAAAUGUUCCAGAAAAUGAAAUGCUUUUGGAGUUAAUUGGGCAAGCUGAACUUUGCCAGGAUCACUGCAAUGAAAUGCUGAAAGGUUCCAUAGCUUUGGAGAAACUUGAGAUUCUUGUUCAGGAGUUUGGGGAUUUUGUGGUCAACAUUCCAGAGUUAAAGAUACUACAACAAUAUCACAGUGAUACUGUUUCUUGGAUUUCUCGUUUCAAUAAUAUACUACUAAACAUUAAUAAACGUGAAGAUCAAGAAAAUGUCGUGGAAGAAUUAAGAUGCAUUCAGAGAGAUGGAUCAGAAUUGAGAGUUCAAGUUGAUGAAUUGGCUCUUGUUGAUGCUGAGCUAAGUAAGGCAUGUUGCCGAGAAAAAGCACUAAAGGUCCAUAAAUCUAAAAUGAGGAUAGAUUUCGUUCAACAAGUGCUAUCUGAGGCUGCAGUAUUACAGAUUGACAGGGAAGAAUUGUUUGUUUCUCUUUAUAAUAUGCGUUCAGCUGCUAUUUCGUGGGAAGAUAGAGCAACUGAGAUCCUAGCAGAUGAGUCAACGUUGGAGGACUUUGAGGAUGCUAUAAGGACCUCUGAGGAUAUAUAUGUAAUCCUACCUUCCCUUCCUGCUAUCAAGGAAGCUGUAUCUGCUGCUAAUUCCUGGAUAAAAAGUUCGAGGCCUUUUUUGCAGUCUGCUGCUCUAAUGACAUCUGCUUCAACUGGCUUGUUAGCGUUUGAAAAUUUGAAGGAGCUAGUUUGUCAGUCAAAGUGUCUGAAUGUAAAAUUAGAAGAAAAAAUGUUGAUUGAAACUGUUUUGAAGAAUUGUGAGGAGUGGAGAUGCUGUGCUUGCUCUUCUUUAAAGGAUGUAGAGGAAAUAUUUGAUAGGAAGGAUAUUUUUAACGGACUCCAUGGUGAUGUUAUUGUUGAUAUUGAGCAACUAAGAUCAAAGGUUGAAAAUGUUGCAGACGCUGGUCAGUCUCUGGGGUUUGACUUUCCUGAAAUUUCUAUAUUGUGGAGUGCUGCUUCAACCUUGAAAUGGUGCUCUAAGGUCCUAAUGUUUCGCUUUGAACUUCCUUCAAUUGAGGAUGUUGACAACUUGAUUAAAGAGAUGAAAGACCUUCCAACUGAAUAUGAUGGUGCUUUUGUUUUAACCUCAUUGGUUGAUGCAGCUUCUUGGCUCAGUAGAGCCUCUGAAGUUCUAUCAGCUUCAAGCAGUGCAAGUAUAAGAAGAUUCCACUUGACUGAUGCUGAUGAUAUCCUAAUGAAAUCUCAGGAUAUGCUGGUCUCUUUUCCGACAAUGAUUGUUCAACUUGAGCAGGCAAUUGAAAAGCACAAGUCAUGGCAAGAAGAUGUUCGAGCGUUCUUCAGUGAUGAUUCUAGUGAGCGGUGUUGGUCCUCACUGUUAGAAUUAAAGGAACUAGGAAAGGAUGCUUUUAACUGUCCAGAGCUAGAUAUGGUCAUGUCUGAGUUUGACAGUAUAGGGAAUUGGAAGCAACAAGGAGGGGAGGUGGUUGGGUGUUCAGCUGGAGAUGUGACAACAUUAUUAAGUUCCCUUUUGAAGAUCAAACAGUCAUUACAUAGAUCUCUGUAUAUCUAUGAGAAGUCAACUUGCUGGAAAGUGAGAUACUUUUGCAUUGGAUGCUCCAGUAACUCUGAUGAUGAAGAGUUUAUCACCUGUUCAACAUGUAAGGACUGCUAUCAUCUUAGAUGCUUGAUUCCAAAGUCAGUGGCUUGUGACAAUUCGAAAGUAUAUACCUGCCCUUAUUGUGCAUUGGUUGAUAGUGGCUCAAUAUGCCGGAGUAAAGAUAGUCCUUUGAGAUAUAAAGGGAAGCGUCCAGAAUUGGAGAAGCUUGUUGAGCUGUCUUCUGAUGCCAAGAAGUUUACUACAAGGCUUGAAGAAUAUGAUGUAUUGCAAGAGAUUCUCGAUCAAGCUCUUGCAUGCAGAGGCUGCUUGUCAGAAAUAGUGGAUUCUUCAUUGUCUUUCUUCGACAAAGAUGUAUCAUCCAUCUCUGGGAAACUGACAAUUGCUUUGAAGGCUCUAGAUGUGGCUGGGGUAUGUGAUUCGCUUGCUAUCCAGAAGUUUGAUCAGGCACUUGCACGAAAUUCAUGGAGAAUCAGAGCUUCUAGGUUGAUCGAGGGUUCACAGAAACCUGUUAUGCAACAGCUUCAGCGCCAUUUGAAAGAGGGCUUUGCUAUAAAAGUACCUUUAGAAGAUUACUUCAAGCAGAAGCUUGUCGAGGUGAAGCAAAUUGGAUUGCAGUGGGCAGAAAUGGCAAAGAAGGUUGCCAGUGAUAAUGGGGAUUUAGAGCUAGAUAAAGUGUUUGAGCUCAUUGCCGAAGGAGAGAGUUUGCCCAUCCACUUUGAGAAGGAGCUUAAGCUGUUGCGAGGGAGAAGUGUGCUGUACUGUAUCUGUCGGAAACCUUAUGAUAUGAGGCCAAUGAUCGCGUGUGAUGAAUGUGAUGAGUGGUAUCAUUUUGAUUGUGUCAAUUUGAUCUCUCCGCCUGAUACUUACAUCUGUCCAGCUUGUGAACCUCAUAUGGAAGGGAAAGUACCUGUUUCUCCAUCUGUCAAACGAGAGAGAUCUCAGAGUGCCAAAGACAGUGAGCCACAGACACCUUCACCUCGGCAUGUAGAGUCAAGAUGGAGGCUUAAGAAGGGGAAAUCUUCAAAGAAGCGGAAGGCAUGUUUAGGUGAUGCCAUUAAUAGUAGUAGUUUAGUGUUGUCUAAUGGAUUUGAUGAGUUAUUGUGGAGAAAUAAGAAACCAUAUAGAAGAACAGUCAAGAAAAGGACCGAUUUAGGAAGCCUAUCCCCAUUCUUUCUUUUACAGCAAUAGUAGUUUUAGAGCAUCAGAUGUAUUCAAUUCAUUCAUUUUUUUCUUUCCACCAGUGCAGUAAUGCUUUGUUGGUCUAGUAAGGUAAUAAUAGUGGGAGAAAAAAAAUAUGGUCUCCCUUUUCCUGCUCU